UUACGUCAACACGUUUGAGCAUGCCUACUAGGAUCGAACAUAAACAAAGGCAGGACGUUGCGCCGCAAUUAACUCUACUCUUCUGUACAAUUAUAUGCUAAUAGUACCGAAAAUUUGGAGAAUAAUUUACUAGUGGAGCAAUGGAAAACACAUUAUUGAUGCGAGUGAGUGUUUUUACCGACCAAGGAGGCAGGAAAUACAUGGAGGAUGUGACCGAGGUCAUAGUAGAGCCCGAGCCGGGAGAAGAUGAGACGACGACGGAUGAGCCAGAGGAUACAAGUGGGGGAGAAUGUAUGGUCAGUUCUCUGGAUGUGGACACGAAUCUAGACCGGACUGGUGAAACCUCACACGCUUCAGACAUAUUAUGUGAACCUGUACAAAGUAGAUCAAUAGAAGCAUCUUUUAAAGGAGGUCAGAGCCCGCCGCGAGCUCAGCCAAGCGCCUCGAAUCGUUCCCGCCGUUCCGUUGCCUUCUUCGCUGUGUUUGACGGGCACGGGGGUCGCGAGGCUGCGCAGUUUGCACGGGACUAUUUGUGGGAGUUCAUGAAGAAGCAGCGGGGGUUCUGGUCAGACUGUGACCGGGAGGUCUGCUCUGCAAUACGGAAAGGAUUUGUAGCCUGCCACCAUGCUAUGUGGAAAAAGCUCCCUGAGUGGCCAAAGACGCUUACGGGCCUUCCAAGCACAUCAGGCACUACAGCCAGUGUAGUGGUCAUUCGAGGAAACCGCAUGUUUGUGGCCCAUGUUGGGGACUCAGCUGUAGUUCUAGGGGUUCAGGAUGACCCCUCAGUCCCAUUCAUCAGAGCUGUGGAAGUCACACAAGACCACAAACCUGAACUACCCAGGGAGAGAGAGCGUAUUGAAGGUCUGGGAGGGAGUGUGAUCAAGAAAUCUGGAGUGAACCGGGUUGUCUGGAAGAGGCCAAGGCUGAGUCACAAUGGCCCAGUCCGUCGGAGCACGGUCAUUGACCAGAUACCAUUCUUGGCAGUGGCCCGAGCUUUAGGUGAUCUGUGGAGCUACGACUUCUACAGUGGGGAGUUUGUGGUUUCUCCUGAGCCAGACACUAGUGUGGUGACCCUGGACCCCAGAAAACACCGCUAUAUCAUUCUUGGUAGUGAUGGCCUGUGGAACAUGGUGCCACCUCAAGAGGCUAUUUCCAUGUGUCAGAACAACGACGAGGCAAUGGCACCAUGUGGGGUAUCAAGUGCUCGACAGCUGGUCAGCCAUGCUCUGCUGCGGUGGCGCCAGCGCAUGUUGCGUGCGGACAACACCAGCGCCAUUGUAAUUGCCCUGCAGGAACCUGGGACCUCCCAGGAUAUCCUGCACCAUGAGGAGGUGCUGCUGGAUUUAGCCAAGGUGUCCCAAUGUCCUCCCACCUCCAUAUCCCGCGCUGACACUCCUCUCCUUCAGCGCCCUUCAGAAGAAGACUCUCCUGCCAUGUGUGAGCUCCUCCCUGCCUUGGAGCGACGAGACGGUCUAUCAGGAAGCAACAGCCUAUUCCACAUGAACCUGUCUGACCCGUUCACUCUGACUCCACUGUGUUCAAACAGCAGUCCUGAGCUGCCCAGUCAGUCCAGUCCCACUGACAGGACACUUGGCAGCAGGACACCCCGCAGGAAAAGAACUAUUGACACGUCAUCGCCGCCAUCGGCCGGCCAGUCAGCUAAGAAGGCCCGACGCAGGACUGCUGACAGGCCACCACUAGUCCAACACAAUGCAGAGAAGAAACAGAAGGAGUCCAGUAAUGUCUCUCCUAUUCUCCAGCAGCACAACAAGACCACAGUGUGUGUGUGCUGAGAAAAACACACAGACACAUAAACACGCUGUCUAUCACUGUCAGCCUCAUCUCCAGUGGCGUUUAUGUUCCUUAUGGUCUCCUUUACAGUUCUCACAGUUUGAACCAACCUUGCUUAGUAGGUUGUGGAAAGACGUAUCUUCUUGCUCAGCACCAGUACAAUAAUGAUUUCAGGACUUGAGUUUUUCGACAAAGUGCUCAAUCACACAAGACAUCUGGUGUCUUUGUUUCAAAAUUCCUCCCUGAAAUGUUGAUUCUGUUCAUCUAUAGAAUCAGAUUCUUGAUCCGUGUCAUCAUCUCUUUCUGGUAACAGUUGUUAGAAAUAAGUAUAACUAAUGAUGCUGGUGUAAAUGUUAUGCAUUUUAUAGGUAAGUAUUGAAAAGUCAAAUGCUCAUUUAAAAUAAAUAUAUAUUUUUUAUACAUUGUUUUAUUGUAUGAUGAUAAAUCAUGGAAAUUACAGAUGAGCUUUGUUACAGCUUUCAUCUCCUCAUCACUCUCUCCAUAUACUAUUGUGUGUACACCUUGUGUUUAAAUGUAUUUAUGUAUUUUUAUUCUUCUCAUUUUACUUAAUCACUGGAGAUUUGUCUUGAAAAUGAACUGAAGGUGCUGCUACAGUCACAAACCAUAAGCUACUACAUUGUGUAUAUUGAUAUAUAAAUAUAUGUGUUAAGUAUUGGUAGGAGUUUAUUCUUGACUGUUUGUAUUUGCCCUUAACACAUCUGCUCCGGUGAGGUUUCCAGUGAUGGAUGUUUUUGAUUUUGAAUUGCACAAUGCAUCUUAAGGGAAAUCUCCACUCUAUUAAUCAUCUUACAUUGUAAUUUAUAAUGAAGCAUUACAGUUAAGUUUUUUUUUUGGGAGGGUCUGAACUUCCUAUGAGCCUGCUCCACACAUUCAUACAUCAGAUAGUGAUUUUCUACGUUUCCGAGAAUGCCUUUCAACAGCCCUCUGCUGUGCUGACGCUUUUGCGGAGGUUCUUGUGUCUAUCCUUACAGUGACUGAGUCCUCCCUCUGAGUUUGCUGAAAAUCAAGGUGGCACUAAAACAAAGACUUCCUUUGGUUCUGAGGGACCAACACAAAACCCGAUGUUUACAAUCAAAGUUGAUUAAUGUGUGCUCCCAGACUUCCAUUGUGGGUGCACUGGCGGUAUCAGUGAUGUCAUGUUGUCAAGGAGUUGUCAUACAUCUGUGAGAAUAGGAAAAAUGCUCCAUCACAAGCAUGUUGGUCCCUACAGACAGGACAUCACUAGUUCAUCUGGCUACCUUGUUUUAUCUUGUUUGCAACAAGACAAUAGCUGUUCUUUCUGUUUUGUUGAGGCUGAUUCAGAGGUUUCUUUAGCAUUCUCUUUAUACAAGCCAUUGUCCCUCCAUGCUGCAGCUGCAGUUGUAUUGUUACUGAUGUAUGCACAAGGCUCAUCUGUGAGUAAAUACACUCUGCAUGGAUUUCCUAAGAGGAUAUUUUUGCACUAUUACAGUGACCUUAAUUGAGGAAGGAGUUGUUUUUUUUCUGAAAAUGAUGCAGCUAAGAAUGGAUUACAUGAUUGGAGUCAAAAAUGAAAAUGGAGGAUGUUUGAGCAAAAAUGAUUUUUAACUCUAACAAGUUGAAGAGUCUUUUGACUAAAUUUUGCAGAACCUGGCCACGCCCUCUUUCCCCUCUCGUGGUUUUGUUACAUGACUGUGUAUGAUGCAGAGAAAUAUGAAACUGCAAGAGAAUAACAACUGUUGUACAGAAAAGACAGAUGUCACAAUCUUUGUAAAACCUUGUUACAUGAUGAUGGUGUAUUUUCAUUGAGCUAAGUGCAAUUUCUAACAGGAAUUUGUAGCAUUAUGGUUUGGUUGAAAAAUAUUGUAUAAUGUUGAUUGACAAUGUUGGAGGAAUGAUAAUGUUUAUGUUUGACACAUUUUCUCUGAAAAUACAGUCCAUUACUGGGCUCGAGAUCCCUGUAUGAUUUUUACAGAAUAUUUUUGAGUACUCUGCUCAUUUACUCUGUUGAAUAAUGAUAUCCCUGAUUCCAAUGGCUGUGCUAGCAGCAUAAAUGCAUGUGUACAGUGUAAAUGUGAAAAACACUUAUCUGGAAAUGAACUUAUUUAAAUAAAAAGUUCUCUGAAUUAAAGUAA